GAGAGGUCCGACUGCUGCCAUGGAUGAGGAAACACUGUACGUGGUGGAUGAGUCUAAGGGUGUGUUGAGCAAGUAUGAUCCUCAUAAUGACCGAUGGGAUCAGAUUUUGGAGGACCAGAGCCUCAGAGGUGCCGACCAGAUCGCCGCCGCUGCUGGCAGAGUGUGUGUUGUUUGUGGUGGUGGAAUUGUAGUGGUCGAUGUCGUGUCGUCACCACCUAGAUUGUGGGAGCUGGAUCCACCCACUGGGUUUCAACCAGUCGCGGUUCAUAUCAUGCCCAGGAUGAGCCUGCCGAACCAGAUUUCAAACAAAACCUACUAGCGUUCAACACUUUCUUUAGUUGUUCUUUUAUUUUAUUUUUUUCAUUUCUACAGUAUAUUUUAUUUUUAAUUUGUAGGGAUUUACGGGUUUACUUCACUUGUACAUGUGAAUAGUUUUCUUCCAACCCAUUGUGAAGGAGUUUUUACAUCGACAAUUUGUUAUUGAUUACUUGUUAGCCAAACCAAAAUAUAUUUAAUUUGAACGUCUUUUUUUUCUGUCUAUCUCAAAUGUCAACGUUAGAAAACGAGGAAGAGCCAUAUGAGUAAUUAUUCAGUAAUUUCAGAAUAUAGAUAUGUGUUAUUUUAUAAUAUUGUGAUUAGUGAAAAAAAAUGGAUACGUAGAGUAUUAUAUUGGAUGAUUGUGAGACAUGAGUGAGUAUGUAGGAUAUUGUGUGGGAAGAUAUGGGAGGCAUAAUGAAUAAUGAUUUGUUAGGAAUACGAAUUCCCAAGCCAUAUCAAUAGGAAUCACUACAGGAAAUCAUGGAUUUAGCGACGUUUAAUUACCGACGUUUAUUUAAACGUCACCUUUUCUGAUAAUUAACGACGUUUUGUAAACGUCGCCUUUUGUGUUAAUUAAAACGGUCCCGUUUCUAAAUAGAGGUCGUUUGAAAGCGCCUCCAAACCCACUCCCUGUCUCUCUUCAAACCCCUAUUUCCAAACCCUACACAAAGUUGAUCUCUUCUCACAACUCCAAGGUAACUCUCUCUCUCUCUCUCUCACUCUCUCUCUCUCUCUCUCUCUCUAAACCCUAAUUUCAGUCUCAGAGGAUCGAAUCAAUACGAAGUUCUCUCGUUCGAUUCCUCUUUAGCAUGGUGAUUCCUCUUAGUGAUUCAUCUCAGAGUGAUUGCGAUUUUGAUUUUGAAGUUCUCUCUCUCUCUCGAUUAUGAGCACCACCUUCUACAAUCUUAGAAAAAUAGAUCGAAUCCUUCAAAACCUUCUUUAGCUCGGUGAUUCCAGUUGUGGUGUUCGUCUUUGUGGAUUUGGAACUCUUCGUCUUCUUCGAUCAGUGAGAUCAGAGGUUAGUUGAGCUCAAAUUUUAGGAACAUUUGAAACUUGUUUCUUUCUUAGAUGUUUCUUCUGUGCUCUGUUUUGAAUAGCUGUUUGUGAAUCUCUUUUUGCUCAUCUUCUUCCCAUUGGUUUGUGAAGAUUUAGUGGGUAUAUUAUUAAUUUUUCUUCUGUGCUCUGCUUGUGAAUAGCUGUUUGUUAUUUUGCUUAAAUUGUGUGGAUUUCAUACCAAAGUGUUGUUUCGUGGGUGCAAUGAUAGACUAGUUAGACUUGUAGUGAUAUUCAUUAAUAAUGAAAUUUGUAAAUCUAAAUAUAGUUUUUUACUCAUUGAUAGACUAUUGAGCUGCUUCCAAGUGGUGAGAAUGAGAGAAAUUAACGACCUACUUUGCUUUUUGUCUCAUUCUUCUUCUGUUGGUUAGUUCUUAGUCAAGAGAAAAUAAUAAUAAUAAUGAAGAUAGUAUAUAUAGUCCAGCUGGCCAAGGAAUAAUAAGGGUUACUAGUCUACUGGUUACCAAAUGCCAAAUAACUUAAUUUAAUUUGGGUUCUCGCCUACAUAUACAGAGAAUGCUUAUAUACAGAGAAUGUUUGGGUUUUGAUUGUUGACAGUUUGAAGAAGGUGGUUGAUGUUGGUGGGUUUCGCUUUACUCUUCCCUGACUUAUAUACUUCAGUGUUGUGUAAAGUCAGUGUUGGUAUCAUCUUAUAAUUCUCAGAUGAUCCUAUCUAGUAGUCCAGUAGAAUCCCAAACAAAUCCUAUGUAACCCCCAUUUUUUUACAAUCGAAACCAUGCCUCGUUCUUGUGGUGAUGGAGGAACAUCUUCAGCUUCUUUUGGUUCAAACAGUCCACCUGGCACAGGGAAAACUACGACUUCUGCAACAAUUGUAUACCAUAUGGCCAAACAAGGCCAGGGCCAGGUUUUGGUUUGUGCUCCAAGUAAUGUGGCUGUUGACCAGCUAGCUGAAAAGAUCAGCGCAAUAGGAUUGAAGGUAUGCAUUGUUUGGUUGAUCUUAAAACCAUAUCUACAGCAAUACUAGCUUUGGUUGUUUUAUUUUAUUAUGGUACUUAAAUUGUUUGAUGCAUUUAUCUAGUUUGUGUCAGGCAUGUAUGAAUAAUUUGUUUGGCCACUUGCUGAAGUCAAUGCUGCAAAUGUGCAGAGCUGAGCCAAGUA